AUGCUAAUGUUGCACUAUAGGCUCUGGGAUGUCCACGACGUUGCUGCAAUCCUUUGCGUCGCUCUCUACAUGUGUCACUUGGUCGGGGCCAUCUCCAUCCACUCUCCCCAGCGAAGCUUCAUCCGGUCAGUGCAAGAGGAUGUCUUCUUCUCCGUGGACGUGUCCUGCAACUGUACCCCCAUUGUGCAGUGGACCUUCAUGUCGGCCUCGGUGAGCCGCGCCAUCGGCACCUGGCGGCCGGGUGUCUUCGCCAACAUCACGGCCGACUAUGACGGCCGUGUGGAGUCGCAUUACAAUGGCUCAAUGGGCCUGGCCCGUUUGCAGCUGCAGGACGCCGGCUUUUACGUGGUGACGGUCACCGACGAUGCAGGUGGCAGCAAAGACGCUGGAUUUGUCCUCAAGGUCAACGAGGUUCUGUACGAGGACCUGCAGUACUUGUCGGUGUCGGCCUUGGCCCUGGGCUGCUUGGCGGGUAUCCUCAUGUUAUGCAUGUGGCUCUUGAAUAAGGCAUACAAGAAGAUCGUGGCGUGUAGGCGGAGAAAGCAGAUGCCAGAAAAUGACGCAACAGAGCUGCAACCUCUUUGA